AUGGAGUUUCGUGGAACCCACAUCCACCAUCUCUCUGACGACGUCUUGAUCAGCAUCUUUUGGCCUUCCGAACAAUCGAAAUCGUACACAUCUGAGAGCGAUCGACUUUGGAGUUCUCUUUCGCUUAAGCCCAAGUACAUCUACAACGCUUUCCCAGAGGACUCACUAUGGCGAACAGAAUCUUCCAUGCCGAUCCUUCCAGCCUCCGCAGAUGCUGCUCAUAGCCUCCUCAUCGCCUCGAUCUGCCGGCGCUGGCGGCGUCUCGCUCAGAGCCAUGUCUCGUCGCUCUUCGUAAAGAAAUACCGCACUGUUUCUCGGCAGGAUAUCCUCAACGCCGUCGCUUGCUUUCCCAAUCUGACCCAUCUGCAUCUGUCAUAUAGAAGUGUUGAAGCUGCAGACAACACUUUCCUAGCUGACCUCGCCUCUUCGUGCCCUGGGCUGAGAGCGCUGCACGUGGGGGAGUUGAUGCUGUUUAAGGGUAACGAACGUCAUGGACGGAAGGCCGCUUGCCUGAUCGGCAAGUCUGACUUGGAUCAUCUCGCCCGUCACUGUCCUCAACUGGAGCAGCUGUCGCUGGAGUGGCUCGAGGAAUAUGUCAAUCCACCAGCUUCCCUCUUUCAGCUACCGUUGCGCACGCUCAUGUUGGGCAACAAUGCUUUCGUCUUAGAUGCACCAGGACUCAGCUCCCUUUCGUCUCUCACUGCUCUCACCAUUGAAAACAGAGUGCUUCGCUACGACCAGCUUUCCAGUCUCCGUCACCUCACCAACCUCGUCCACAUCUCCUUGCCUAGCAAUAUGUCCACCAAUUCUGAAGACCACCUGGACUUCUCCCUCGCUCAGCUACCUUGUCUCGAGUCGCUGAGAUUCGGUCUGUGGUUUACACAGUUCGACGCCGUCUUCCCUCUCGAAUUUCCACACAGGUUUCUGAAACGGCUGCAGCUUCACCAUUGCUACCACCAGGAGCGGCUUCCGGACAGCAUAGGAGACGUGCUGCCAAGCCUUGUAGAGCUCAGCAUCAGUGACUGCGAAACCUUCAGCGAUCUGACCGACGAGUUCACCUCGCUCACAUGCCUGGAGAGCUUGACCAUAUCCUCAUGCAGUGUCUACAUUCUGCCCGAGAAUUUUGGAAAUCUGCCAGCUUUGAAAACGUUGGUGCUGAACAGGCUGCCUCUUCUCAGUCUUCCUGCCUCCUUCACCAGACUCGGAUCUCUGGAGACGUUUUUCCUGCUUGGGUGCGAGGCGGUGUAUGAUCUACCUGCAGGGUUUGGUUGUCUCACAACGUUGCAAACUCUGUCUCUUGUGUGCUCCUGGUACCUGGACCUUCCAGAAGACAUUGGCGGCCUCACCAAUCUCCAGAAUUUCCGUCUCGAAAAGAAUUGCACAGAGCAGCUGCCGUCCUCAUUCACGCAGCUGGCGUCACUGACAAGGCUCGAAGUGGAUGGGUGCAGGGUGGGUGGGCUUCCAGAGGGAGUGGGGACGAUGGCAAGGCUGCAGGAGCUGUACAUUCUGGACUGCCCUGACAUUUCAGAGCUUCCAGAUUCUGUGACCAGCCUAGUCAGCCUUCGGGUGCUCAUGGUUAUUAAAUGUCCCUUUCUCUCUUCGGUUCCUAGGAGGCUGGACAGCCUUACUAGGCUGAGGCAGUUGGAGCUGAGAGGGUGCGCGCUGCUAAACGAAGCCCCUGAGGCUCUGCCACUCAGUCUCCAGGCUCUGACCUACGACAACAAUCAGCAGAUGGUGUUUCUGCCAAACAUUUCAAGGCUUACAGAGCUCAGGAAAUUGCACUUGGGCUUUGUUGGUGCAAGAUGUCUGCUAGCCAUCAGUUACCACCUCUCUGCUCUGGAGCACCUGGAGCUGGCGCUGGAAGAAGUUGCAGGGGAGUUUUUGUUUGCAUUAACAAGGCUUUCUCGCCUUCGCACCUUGACAAUUAAGGAGGUUCGCAGCUUAAAGAAGCUGGUGGAAUGUGGUGGUGCGACAUUGCUGGAGCUACGGCAGCUGAACAUCUACUCCAUGUGUGAUGAACUCACAAAUCUGCCUGCGGCCAUUACCACUCUCCACCACCUGACAUCCAUGCAAAUUCAUGCGCCCAAGUUGUUUUUUCUUCUGGACUCCAUUGGAGCAUUGUCAAGACUGCGCAAGCUGGAUUUAUCCGACUGCUCAUCCCUCAGACAUCUCCCUGACUCCCUCUCGCAGCUCUCCUGCCUUCACAACUUGACGCUCAGCAACACUCCCAUCCGCUCACUUCCUUCAGGCCUCGCUCAGCUUAGGAGACUGAGCCGGCAUGCUUUGUCUGGGGCUAUGGGGGGGUGGGAGCAGAGAAGCGGGGAAGAAAGGUGCAGAGAGGGAGGGGAGGGGAGGAGCACUCACUUCACCAACUCCCAUAAUGACCGCAAGGCUGAGAGCCAGGAGAAGGGCGUGAUGGAUUCUUUGGCUCCCGUUACUCGUGCGUUCUCCACGAUCGCGCUCCCUUUUGUUCGUCGCCCACACUUCCAACCGUCGCUCCCUUCCAUUCGCCUCCCUCCGUUCCGCUCGUCGCCCUCCCUUCCGCGCGUCGCCCUGCUCGUCUCUCUGCCUUUCGCCCGUACCCUCUCAUCCGCUCGUUGCUCCACCUUCCACGCGUCGCCCUCCCAUCCGAACGUCGCUCCCGUCACCAUCCCUUCCGCCCGUCGCCCUCCCUUCCGCCCGUCGCCCUCCCUUUCGCACGUCGCCCACCCUUCCGCCCGUCGCCCACCCUUCCGCCCGUCGCUCUCCCUUCCGCCGGUCGCCCACCCUUCCGUCCGUCGCUCUCCCUUCCGCCGGUCGCCCACCAUUCCGUCCGUCGCUCUCCCUUCCGCCCGUCGCCUUCCCUUCGUCUCGUCGCCCUUCCUCCCGCUCGUCCCCUCGCAGUCCCCUUCCUCCUCUCUCCCCGUCGCCCUCGCCAUCCCUCCCGUCUCCCUUCCCAUGGUGCACACUUGUCACCCUUCCCUGCUUUCCCCCAUCCCCUUCCCUGCUUCCCCCCAUCCCCUUCCCUACUUUCUUCCAUCCCCUUCCCUGCUUCCACCCAUCCCCUUCCCUGCUUCCCCCCAUCCCCUUCCCUUCUUCCCCCCAUCCCCUUCCCUAUUUCCCCCCAUCCCCUUCCCUGCUUCCCCCCAUCCCCUUCCCUGCUUUCCCCCAACCCUUGCCCUGCUUUCCUCCAACCCCUUUUCUGCUUCCCCCAAUCCCGUUCCCUGCUUCCCCCCAUCCCGUUCCCUGCUUCCCCCCAUCCUGUUCCCUGCUUCCCCCCAUCCCCUUCCCUCCUUCCCCCCAUCCCCUUCCCUGCUUCCCCCCAUCCCAUUCCCUCCUUCCCCCCAUCCCCUUCCCUGUUCCCCCGUAUCCCAUUCCCUGCUUCCCCCCAUUCCCUUCCCUCCUUCCCCCCAUCCCCUUCCCUGCUUUCCCCCAUCCCCUUCACUGCUUCUCCCUUUCUCCCUGUUCCCUGUCUCCGUGUUAGCCAUUUCACUGAACCUGCUUUCCCCCACCCUCUGCACUGCUUCCUCCCUACCCCUGCCCUGCUUCCCCUCAUCCUCUGCCCUCCCUUUCCUUCAUCCUCUGCCCUCCCUUCCCCUCAUCCUCUUCCCUCCCUUCCCCUCAUCCUCUGUUCUGCUUCCUUCAUCCUCGCCCACUUUAUCGCCUGUCCACUUUACCGCCUGCCCACUUUACCACCUCAAAUCCUUCCCUUCUCAUCCGCGCGCAGGUGUGGCGGAAGGUGUACGUGGCGUGGAGCAUGUUGGAGGAGCGGCUUGA